AACCCUGUUCAAUUGAUGCAACUUUUCAACAAACUAGCUUCUCGGUCUGCCAGGUACAAACCAGGGCUUGUCCAGUUCGUCUUGAAGCAAGCAGGGGUUGAUAAGCGAACUGGGGAUCUUUUUGGAAAUCGAGAUCUUUUGAAUAUUGCUCGUAACAUGGCUCGUGGACUGAAGGGGGUUGAGAAUGUUUACACCCAGCACCAACCCCUUUUGUUCCAAACCAUGGAAAGCAUUUCCAAGGGACGGUUGAGAGAUGUGGACUACCCGUAUGUUAGCAAUCACUUUCAGCACGGCAGGUUCGUUUUCUAAAAUAACUGCUU